UUUUGUCCGCUUCCAGCGCGAAAAUCAAGGCGAGUAACAAGAACAAUUGCAGGUGCUAAUAACGGCUAGCAAAAACACUGCGCCAAUUGUAUAAAUUGCGGGAGUUAGCCAAGUUGAGCCACACUUAACAGCCUGCAGUUCAGCUAAGAACAAGUAGAUUUUAUAUAACUUAAAACUCAUAAACGUACCAUUAAAAUGCGGUGCAACAGGAUUAUCUUCCACCUCCUUGCCUGUUUCGCGACUCUUGAGCUCGUGCUCGGUUAUCCGCAAGAGCGUACCACAGCGGAACAGAUUCGAAGAAUAAGUAAUGCCAGUGAAGGGUAUACUUCCCCGGAGAUACCUUCGACCAGUGAUACUCUUACGAAUCUAUACAGAUAUGAGAGAACUCUGAGUAGAUUACGGAGAGCUCUGGAGGAGUUGGCCUACGAGGAGGCGGCUGACGACAUGGAGCUGGCAGAGAUCAAUGUAUUCCGGCCGCUCUUCCGUUACCGAUCUCAGGUGGUGAAGGUAAAGAAUCCCCAGCAGCAGUUUGGCUAACUAAGCGCUUUAGUUUGGCGACACAUUGAUAAGGCAUUGCCUCAUCUAUCGAAAACCAAUCAUAUGCCAUUGAUAGCUUUUAUACAAACCUAGCCUGUUAAGAUGUAAAGUAGAACUAAUUUAUAUUGUUAAACAUUUAAAUAUUUUAUUGUUUCAUUUUGGUUGAGCCUAUGCGCUUUGCAAAUAUACACACGUGAUUAAGCAUAUGUACACAUCAAACUAUGUAUUUCCCAUUAGAGUAAGAAUAUUAUUGUAGUUACUUUUCAUGUUUCCACUUUGAGCACAUUUACUUGAAGGCCUUGUGGAGGACACGCGAAUUCCUUGCAUUGCACUAUUUCUUGGAAGGAUUCCUAAUAUAAACACACAGACACACACAUACAUAUUUGACUAAGGAAGACACAAAGAAUAUUGACUUCUAACUCUACAAUAUAAAUAUAUAUACGAUGGACACUCAUCGAGGGCUAUGACUUUA